AUGGAGAACUUCCUUCGAUCCAAGGAAUAUUGGGAUGUAGUUACCAAUGGCGUUGUUGAACCAGCACUAGCAGAAGGAGCUCAGUUGACAGCAGCACAACGAGUAGCUCAUGAAGAGGUAAAGUUGAAGGAUUUGAAGGCGAAGAAUUAUCUCUUCCAGGCCAUUGACCGUUCUAUCUUGGAAACCAUUCUUUCCAAAGAAACUUCCAAGGAAAUUUGGGACUCUAUGAAGAAGAAGUAUCAAGGAUCUACAAGAGCAAGGAGGCAGCAGCUUCAAGCGUUACGCUCAGAAUUUGAAACACUUCGAAUGAAGUCGGGAGAAUCAAUUGUAGACUAUUUCUCUCGCGUGAUGACUAUUGUCAACAAGAUGAGAAUCCAUGGUGACAGGACAGAAGAAAUCAUUGUGAUUGAAAAAAUACUUCAAUCCUUAACAUCAAAAUUUAAUUUUGUUUUUUGUGCUAUAGAAGAAUCUAAAAAUAUUGAUGACCUUUCACUUGAUGAAUUGCAAAGCUCGUUGUUGGUGCAUGAGCAGAAGUUCAAAGAGGAAGAUGUAGAUGAUCAAGCAUUGAAGGCAUCGACAGAAAAUCAUACAGCUAGAGGAGGAGGCAGAAGCCGAGGAAGAGGAAGAGGUCAAGGAAGAGGAAAUAGAGAUCGUAGCAACCAACAACAAUUCCAAGGUAAUUAUUCCCAUCAAGAUUCUCAAGGAAGAGGAAAAGGAGGAGGCCGAGGACAAGGAGGCCACUAUUCGACUAGUUAUAGACCAAAGUCUGCAGACAAGUCAAAUGUUGAAUGCUACAGAUGUCAUAGGUAUUGCCAUAUUGCAAUAGAAUGUAGAACUUAUAUGAAUAAGAAAAAUGGAAAAAGUACUAACUUUGCAGAAAAAGAAGAAGGAGAAGAAGUAUCUCUUUUGAUGGUGUGCCAUGUAAAUAAAAAAACUCAGCAAAACUUAUGGUAUUUAGACACUAGCUGCAGUAACCACAUGUGUGGUGAUAAAAAGGCAUUUUCAGAGCUAGACGAAUCUUUCCGCAACACCGUCAAGUUUGGUGACAACUCCACAAUAUCUGCCAUGGGAAAAGGAAAGGUCACUCUUCAUACCAUAGAAAACUCCACCCACACUAUUUCUAACGUUCUAUUUGUUCCAGAUUUGAAAACCAACUUGCUUAGUGUGGGACAGCUGCAAGAGAAAGGGUAUGAGAUUUCUAUAAAAGGUGGAGUAUGUCGAAUUCAAGAUGCAAAUCUGGGAUUAAUUGCUAAAGUCAACAUGACGAGAAACCGAAUGUUUCCGUUAAUUCUUCGCAAUAUUGGCCAUUCAUGUUUUCCUGCAAGAUUGAAAGAUAUAGCAUGGCUAUGGCAUUUUUGA